UUUGAAAUAAGGUGAAGGCCACGUAAUUAUCAAACUAAUUAGUUUCAAAAUAGAAAUAGAUUUUUUUAUUUUACUUUGGUAAAUGGAUAGUGAAUGAUCGCAAUAUGUUAAUGCUUUAUAUUUAUAAACUCUGUCAUGCAUGAACACUACGGGCGUUCAGACCCGGUGACCAAUCCAGUGACUAUGUAAAGUUAACACAUCACCGCUGAGAUUUUUUUUUACGUUACUCCGUAAAAACGGCUUUAAUCUCAGCGGGCCACAAAGUUUCCUACGUGCAAACUGACAUGAGUUUUCCCCUGCUUGGACUUUUACAUUGGGACUGGCGCUGAGGGACUGCAUGUCGCUGAGGAACAUGGCCCGAGUCGCAGCUGCGCGUUUAUCCUUGGCUCUCUUUAUUUUUUGUCAUAUCUAUUCAGGAAGGGCUCAGUAUGAGAAAUACAGCUUCAAAAGCUUUCCCCAAAACGACCUGAUGCCGCUGGAGUCUGCGUACGGACACGCGUUAGAGAUGUACACGUCUCAGGACUGGAAAGAGAGCGUUAAAUAUAUGGAGCUGAGUCUGCGGCUCCACCGGCUGCUGAAGGACAGCGAGGCUCACUGCACCCAGACCUGCAGCACUGAAACCGGGGCGCACGAGAGCAACAGCACCGACCCCAGCCUGUGGAUCAUGGGACACAUAAUCGCGCGAGGCGCGUGCCUGAAGAAGUGCAAAACGAACUUUCCGGUGUUCUCCAAAUCUUAUCCUAAAAGAGAGACACUGGAUGCAUUUGAACAGAGGGUUCCCUACCGGUACCUACAGUAUAUCUAUUACCAGAUGAAUGAGUUGGAGAAAGCGGUUUCAGCAGCACACACGUAUCUUCAAAGAAACCCUGAUGACCCACUUUUAUCUAGGACUCUAAACUACUACAAAACCCUGUUUGAUGUGGAGGAGCAUCUCAUAGACCAUGAGGAGAAGCCCUAUGAGGAAUUUUUCCUGAAAGCUGUGAAGUUGUAUAAUUCAGGUGAUUUCAGUAGCAGUGCUCGGGAAAUGGAGCUGGCGGCUACAGAGUAUUUCAAAACAUACAGCUUGUGUCUGGCGUCGUGUGAAGGCUCGUACGACGUCCACGAGGUCAGAGAUUUUUACCCCACACUUGCUGAUUUCUAUUUUGAGGUUUUAAAGUGUAAAGUGAAAUGUGAGAAGAAUUUGAUGCCAAAUGUUGGUGGUUUCUUUGUGGAAAAAUUUGUCGCCACCAUGUACCACUACAUGCAGUUUGCUUAUUAUAAGUUAAAUGAUGUGCGUAAUGCAGCACCGUGUGCAGCGAGCUACAUGCUGUUUGAUGCGGAUGAUAAGGUCAUGCAGCAGAACAUAGCCUAUUACAAGUUCUACAGGGAACAGUGGGGACUGCAGGAUGAACACUUUAACCCACGGCCUGAGGCGCUGACAUAUUACAAUCAAACUACCAAACAGAGAGAGCUGUUUGAGUUUGCACAAAAUUAUCUCCAGACAGAUGAUGAGGACACUGUGAGUCCAGAGGACACAUCAUCAGACCCAUCCCAUCCUCCCGAUGAAGAGUUUGAGGGAGUCGGGGAUUAUGAAGAGUCCUUUCUGGCUCAAUGGUGGCAGGAACCCAAAAGUAAAGGAGAUACAGGAGAACCAGCCGAAUAAAACUGAAUAAAAUCUUUCAAAAACAAACUAUUUAAAUGUGAAGGAGAAAACCCUCCACAUUCUCCCUCACUAGAACAGAAAUAUACUGUACUCAUUUUAAAUGUACAUCUUUUCUGUUUUGGCUUAUGUAUUGUUGCAAUAAAGUCCCAGCGAGCAAUAGCCAUCACUUCACCAUCUAGGUUAACUAUAGACCCGAUAUAGUCCGGCGAUGAGCAAACCACUUUUAUAAACAUAAUUUUGUUGUUGAACAUGUUUGGUUACAUUGCCAAAAUAACUUGUGAGAUGUAUGAUAUUCCAUCAUCAUUUAAGCAAAGUCAACAGUUAGUACAAGGUGUCUGGUUUCAUUUAUUUAUUUAUUUUAAUUGGCUAUGGUCAGCCCAAACUUUGUUCUUGUUUUAGUCUUGACGUCUGGGGUGUAUUCCAGAAAGCAGGUUUAACUUAUCAUGAGAGAAACCCUGAACUUUCACUCGAUUAACCCAACCCCAGCUUACCCUGAUCAUGUUGGUUCCAAAACACCUGAUAAGAGUUAGUUCAAUUAACCUCCUACUAGUAAGCUAGAGUUAACAAAUAAAGACAUUUUCAUGUCACGUCUUUUAUCAGACAUUACUUUACAUAAAUUUGAUAAUAAAAAAGUGCAAAAUAGAAAUAUACACUGUUACAGUUUACAAUAUGUUACAGUGUUAAUUUAUAGACCAAAGAAUUGAUAUUGGUAGUGGGUUUUCUGUUACAUUUCUACUUGCAGAUUUUUUUUCAAUGAAGAUGAGUACGAAGUGUUUUUUUUUGUCUGUUUGUGUGAUUUUCAAAUACCUUUUUGCGAUGAUGUAAAUUUACCUCAGUUUUUAUUUGUUAGGCCUUAGAAUUUGUUAAUAAAGACUUUUAUAAUCAAUUUUAUCUUUCAA